AUGGGUCGCUUUGGUCUUUUCCCUCUUGCCUUGCUCUCCCUACAGGCAUUCUGUGGAGGUGCUUUCGCAGCGGUGGAAGCUGAGAAAGUCGAAAACCCCACGGAGACUCCUAAGCUGUCUGUCUCAGUCCAGGCUGCUUUUCCUGCUUCUGAGAUUUUCGGAAUCAAGUUGGUCAAUGGCCAUCCAACUCAAGCACUGCUCACAUUCAGCAAUGACGAACCCGCUCCUGUUACUGUGAGCUUCGUCGGCGGUAGUCUGUGGACUCUUGAUGAGCAGAGCAGCAUUGUUCGCAACGUCACCACUACGAGGUACAAUGUGGAGAUCCCUGCGGGAGAGAAGGAGAGUCUCAGCUACAGCUUCGUGACCGACUUGCACCCCCAAGAUCUGAGACUUAACAUUGCCUCAAUUUUGAGCGACAGUGAAGGCAGGUAUUAUACUGUUCAAGCCUUCAAUGGUACUGUCAGCGUUGUGGAGCCGGACACCAGCAUCUUUGACCCGCAGAUUAUCUUCCUCUACUUCUUCUUGCUUACAUCCUUCGGUGGUAUCGUUUACUUUUUCUACGUCACUUGGAUCGCCCCGUACUUCCCCCAGAAGCGUCGCGCAGGAAAGGGAGGCGAGGGAGCCAAGAAGUCUGGUGCGGCAAAGAGGGUGGACGAGCAGGGUUCUGCUUCUGGAUCCGAUGUCCCAGUGACUUCUGCGACGACAUACAAUGCUGAGUGGAUUCCGUCCCACCAUAUCAACAAGCCCGAGGCCAGGAAGGUCAAGGGCACAGGCCGUUCCAAGAGCCGUGCUUAG